GCAUCACGUGACACCAGCAGCAGCAAGAGCUGCAAACAGCGCUGGGGCUGCGCGAGGCUCAUCAUCACCACCACCGCCGCACAAACAGCCUUGAGACCCACCUAACGAGCUACUCUGAUUUUAAACGAUUCGUACGGAGAGCAGCUACUCGGGGCCAUGGCGGGCCCCCGAUAAACGGAGAAACCUAUUUAUUCUCUUUGUUUGCCUCGACGCAUCGUACGCGCCGCUCGCCUCCGCCGAGGAGGGGCCGCCGAGAAGCUCUCUUGCGCGGAGGAGGAGGUAGGCUGAGGCAGCAGCAGCUUUGAACCGGGGGGUGUUUUCUACCGUAGAAUCGAAUGGCGGACCGCGAGGCGUCGCCGAUCCCAUUGGAGGUGCGAGCACGGUUGGCUGAGCUGGAGCUCGAGCUGUCAGAGGGUGACAUCACUCAGAAGGGUUAUGAGAAGAAGAGGUCUAAGCUGAUCAGGGCCUACAUUCCGCAUCCUGGAGGUAUGGAGGGGCCCAUGUGUCACCGGCCCCCCCUCGGCCCCCCGUCUGCCGCUCGCUUCCACCGGCGGCGCACCUCCGGCACGCGCGACGAGCGCUACCGAUCAGACGUCCACAGUGAAGCGGUCCAGGCUGUGCUAGCCAGGCAUGUGGAGAGGAAGGUGGCGGUGCCCAUGCCCUCCAAACGACGCUCGCUCGUAGUGCAGACCUCCAUGGACGCCUACACACCCCCCGGCCUGUCCCCCCUGUGCUCAGACUCGUCGUCGGGCUCGGAGGAGGAGGCGGGGCCGGGAGAGGAACACUGGAUGAGCCGCCCCGCCCCGCUAGGCCCCACCCACCUGGGCUCCACCUCCUCGUCGUCCUCGUCCACUCAGAGCGGGGGGAGUGGCAACGCGGGGCGCCUGGCGGACUCGCUGGCCCACACACACCUCUCCCACUCCCACCUGGCACACGCACACCUGGCCCACGCACACCUGGGCCAGGGCCACCACAUGCAGGGCCACCACGGUAUAGGCCACCUGUCCCUCAAGAGGAAGGCUGCUCUGGGCGUGUCAGAGAACGGAGGAUCUCUCAGACGCUCCUGUGAGUUUGGCUCCGACAUGCUGUGGCCCCCACCUCUGGAGUCUGAUGAGAAUCACUCUACCCCUCCUGAUGUGACUGGCUACUCGUCUGACUCCUCCCACCACACAGAGCGUCCAAUGAGCAACAUGGGCACCAUCGCCAGGAACACUCAGAAGUACGGCAACGCGGAGCGCAUGGAGACAGGAGACGGAGUUCCAGUCAGCAGCCGUGUGUCUGCUAAGAUCCAGCAGCUGGUGACCACGCUGAAGCAGCCUCGCAGGCCUCCUCUCAGAGAGUUCUUCGUCGACGACUUUGAGGAGCUGCUGGAAGUCCAGCAGCCAGACCCCAAGCAGCCCCGUCCGGAGGGCGCUGAGAUGCUGGCGGUGCGUGGGGAGCCCCUGGGGGUGGUCACCAACUGGCCCCCCUCCCUGGAGGCGGCCCUGCAGCGCUGGGGCACCAUCUCCCCCAAGGCCCCCUGUCUGACCAGCCUUGACACGGCCGGGAAACCCCUCUACGUGCUCACAUACGGUAAGCUGUGGUCUCGGAGCAUCAAGCUAGCCUUCAACAUCCUCCAUAAGCUGGGCAGCAAGCAGGAGCCCAUGGUCCGCCCGGGGGACAGAGUGGCGCUAGUGUUCCCCAACAAUGACCCGGUGGCCUUCAUGGUGGCCUUCUACGGCUGCCUGCUGGCUGAAGUGGUGCCUGUCCCCAUAGAGGUCCCUCUCACACGCAAGGAUGCUGGCAGCCAGCAGAUCGGCUUCUUAUUGGGCAGCUGUGGCGUUACCGUGGCACUGACCAGUGAUGCCUGUCACAAGGGUCUCCCAAAGAGCGCCACUGGAGAGAUACCACAGUUCAGAGGCUGGCCCAAGCUGCUGUGGUUUGUCACAGAGUCCAAGCACCUGUCCAAGCCUCCCAGAGACUGGUUCCCCCAUAUCAAGGAUGCAAACAAUGACACAGCAUACAUAGAGUAUAAGACGUGUAAGGAUGGUAGUGUUCUGGGUGUGACUGUGAUGAGGAUUUCUCUGCUCACACAUUGCCAAUCGCUAACCCAAUCCUGCUGCUACACCGAAGCGGAGACCAUAGUGAAUGUCCUGGACUUCAAGAAGGAUGUGGGCCUAUGGCAUGGCAUCCUCACCAGUGUGAUGAACAUGAUGCAUGUGAUCAGCGUUCCCUACUCCCUGAUGAAGGUCAACCCCCUGUCCUGGAUCCAGAAGGUCUGCCAGUUCAAAGCCAAGGUAGCGUGUGUGAAGUCCAGAGAUAUGCACUGGGCGCUGGUGGCACAUAAAGACCAGAAGGACAUCAACCUGAGCUCCCUGAGAAUGCUGCUGGUCGCUGAUGGCUCCAACCCCUGGUCCAUCUCGUCCUGUGAUGCCUUCCUGAACGUGUUCCAGAGUAAAGGCCUGAGGUCAGAGGUCAUCUGUCCCUGCGCCAGCUCCCCGGAGGCCCUGACCGUGGCCAUCAGGAGGCCCGUGGAGGACAGCAGCCAGCCCCCUGGUCGAGGGGUCCUGUCCAUGCAGGGGCUGAGCUACGGGGUGGUGCGCGUGGACACGGAGGAGCGCCUGUCUGUGCUCACUGUGCAGGACGUGGGGACAGUCAUGCCUGGAGCCCUGGUGUGUGUGGUGAAGCCGGAGGGGGUUCCUCUGCUGUGUCGGACAGACGAGAUCGGGGAGCUGUGUGUGUGUUCCAUCGCCAGUGGAACCUCCUACUACGGACUCACAGGCAUGACCAAGAACACCUUUGAGGUGUACCCCGUGUGCUCUGGCGGGGGUCUGGUCAGUGAGUAUGCGUUCGUGCGUACGGGGCUGUUGGGCUUCGUCGGGCCCGGUGGUCUGGUCUUCAUCUCCGGCAAGAUGGACGGCCUCAUCAUGGUGAGCGGGCGGAGACACAACGCCGACGACAUCGUUGCCACGGCGCUGGCGGUGGAGCCAAUGAAGUUUGUCUACCGGGGCAGGAUAGCGGUGUUCUCCGUGAACGUGCUGAGGGAUGAGAGGAUGGUGGUGGUGGCGGAGCAGCGACCAGACUCCACCGAGGAGGACAGCUUCCAGUGGAUGAGCCGCGUGCUGCAGGCCAUAGACAGCAUCCACGGGGUGGGCGUGUUCUGCCUGGCCCUAGUGCCCGCCAACACGCUGCCCAAGACCCCGCUGGGGGGCAUCCACCUGUCGGAGACCAAGCAGCUGUACCUGGAGGGGGCGCUGCACCCCUGCAACGUCCUCAUGUGCCCCCACACCUGCGUCACCAACCUGCCCAAGCCCCGCCAGAAACAGCCAGAGAUCGGGCCGGCAUCUGUGAUGGUGGGUAAUCUGGUGUCAGGGAAGAGGAUCGCUCAGGCCAGCGGCCGUGACGUGGGGCAGACAGAAGACAACGACCAGUUCCUGUUCCUGUCGGAGGUGUUGCAGUGGAGAGCUCAGACCACCCCAGAUCACAUCCUCUACACCCUGCUCAGCUCCCGGGGGGCAGUGUCCAGCUCUCUGACGUGUCUGCAGCUGCAUAAGAGGGCAGAGAGGGUGGCCGCUCUUCUGCUGGAGAGGGGGGGCCUGCAGGAAGGGGACCACGUGGCUCUGGUCUACCCACCAGGUAUCGACCUGAUCGCAGCGUUCUACGGGGCCCUGUAUGCCGGCUGUGUUCCCAUCACGGUCCGACCGCCCCACCCCCAGAACAUCUCCACCACCCUGCCCACGGUCAAGAUGAUCGUAGAGGUCAGUCGCUCUGCGUGUGUGAUGACCACAGCGGUCAUCUGUAAGCUCCUGCGGUCCAAGGAGGCGGUCGCUACGGUCGACAUCAGAAACUGGCCUCCCGUCCUGGACACGGAUGACUUGCCUAAGAAGAAGCCCCCAGCCUUGUUCAAGCCCUGCAACCCAGACGGGCUAGCCUACCUGGACUUCAGUGUGUCCACUACAGGCAUGCUGGCUGGAGUUCAGAUGUCCCAUAAUGCAGUGGGGGCGUUCUGCCGGUCUGUGAAGCUGCAGUGUGAGCUGUACCCGUCCAGAGAGGUGGCCAUCUGCCUGGACCCCUACUGUGGCCUGGGCUUCGUGCUGUGGUGCCUCUGCAGUGUGUACUCGGGGCACCAGUCCAUCCUGAUCCCCCCAGUGGAGCUGGAGUCUAACCCCGCCCUGUGGCUCCUGGCCGUCAGCCAGCUGCGGGUCCGAGACACCUUCUGUUCCUACAGCGUCAUGGAGCUCUGCACCAAGGGCCUGGGCCUGCAGACAGAGGCCCUGAAGGCUCGGGGGCUGGACCUGUCCCGGGUGCGUGCGUGUGUGGUGGUGGCGGAGGAGCGCCCCAGGAUGUCUCUGACCCACUCCUUCUCCAAGCUCUUCAAGGACCUGGGGCUCCACCCUCGCUCCGUCAGCACCGCCUUCGGAUGCAGGGUCAACCUGGCCAUCUGCCUGCAGGGAACCUCAGGACCCGACCCCACUACUGUGUAUGUGGAUAUGAGAGCCCUGCGACAUGAUAGGGUGCGUCUGGUGGAGAGGGGAUCUCCUCACAGCUUACCCCUCAUGGAGUCAGGAAAGAUCUUACCUGGAGUCCGCAUCAUCAUCGCCAACCCUGAGACCAAGGGGCCGCUGGGAGACUCCCACCUGGGAGAGAUCUGGGUGCACAGUGCUCAUAACGGUUCAGGCUACUACAGUGGCUACGGGGAGGAGGUGCUCCAGUCAGAUCACUUCUCCUCCCGGCUCAGCUUCGGGGACACCCAGACAGUCUGGGCCCGCACCGGGUACCUGGGCUUCCUGCGACGCACGGAGCUCACCGACGCCAGCGGAGAGAGGCAUGAUGCCCUGUACGUGGUGGGGGCUCUGGAGGAGGCCAUGGAGCUGAGAGGGAUGAGGUACCACCCCAUCGACAUCGAGACCUCCGUCAUCCGCACCCACAAGAGCAUCAUAGAGUGCGCUGUGUUCCCCUGGACCAACCUCCUGGUGGUCGUCGUGGAGCUCGAGGGUUCCGAGCAGGAAGCGCUGGAUCUGGUUCCCAUGGUGACGAAGGCGGUGCUUGAGGAGCAUUAUCUCAUCGUGGGGGUCGUCGUGGUGACGGACAUCGGGGUGAUCCCCAUCAACUCUCGCGGGGAGAAGCAACGCAUGCACCUGCGAGAUGGCUUCCUCCAGGACCAGCUAGAUCCCAUCUACGUGGCCUACAACAUGUAGCCUGUGUGUGUGUGUGUGUGUGUGUGUGUGUGUGUGUGUGUGUGUGUGUGUGUGUGUGUGUGUGGCGUGAGGGAGUGUGUGAGCAUGCGUGUGGAUGCCUACAUGCGUGUAUAUCGCUGUCGUUGUUCAUUUCCAAUCGAGAUGUACUGUAUUUUUGAAUCUGCAUAUGGUGUGGUCCAAGUUAUCCGUGUCUUUAGAGUUGUGAUGUGGUGGAGGUAUGGCUGUUUUUGCACCCCCGAAAUUCCUGAGCAGGGCAAGAGGAGUCACUGUACAAAGCCUUAGGGAACACUGUGUACCGAGGAACAGAACAAGUUACUACACCUUGUUGUUUUCAUUAGAGGAUGAGGGACAGGGAAUAUAUCCGUCAUCAAGUUUUCCCGGUAAAAUAGAGUAACUAAGAUUAAAAGAUUAUGUUAUGUAUAACCUGAAUAGAACAGGGGCACCCAGAUUAUUGUAUAAAACUAUAAAUAUUGUAUAUAAACAUAAUAAUCUAUAUGAAGAGAAAUCUGAAUCUCACAGAGGAAUCGCUCUGGCCACCGGUCUCUCUACCCACACCCCUGCGUGCGUGCGUGUGUGUGUGCGUGCGUGCGUGUGUGCCAGUCUGUGUGUUUGUGUCUGUGUACAGCAUGAGUUUGCUUGAGAGGAGGGGUCAUUGAACAAGCUGGAACCCUGACGGUAGUCCAGACACAGUCCCAGCAUCCACACACUCUCAGUCAACAAGCGUAAACUUGUCUUCUCAGCCGAGGGGAAGAGGCCAGAGAGGAGAAGGGGAUCGAGAGAUGUUUACAUUGAAGCUCGGACUGGUGUUUCAUCUUGGAGGGUGGGGGAGGUGGGGGUGGAGAAGGAAUCAUAGAGCCUUGGAAGUUGUUUACAUGAAGCUCAUAUCAGCUAUUAUCACUAAUAGGUUCGUUUUUUUUUUUCACCUUUUUUUCUACCUUAUUGUUUACUUAUUGUUCACCUCUAAGCAUCUCUGAGCUUUCAUUGCAGAUUUAAAGAAAGUUUCGUUUCAGAGAUGAGUAUUGCCAUAACUCUGUUUACGGCGCGUGUUGAUUUGAUUUUUAUAUUUGAGCUCAUGGUUCUCCAGUGGAGAGUUUGUCCCAGACAGAGUGUGUAGAGAGAGGAAGACAGCUGAUCGCUUUGCUUUCGUUCCAAUGAGAAACAACCUUCUGAUGUGAUCCAGAAACCGUUUAUAGGAGUGACCUGACUGUGUGCAUGUGUGGUCCUGAGAGACACAUUGCAUUAUGUAUGUGUGCGCAUGUGUGUGUGUGUGCGUGUGUGUGCAAGAGCAGGAGAAUGUGAAGCGGUGUGAACGCGUGUGUGUGUGUGUGUGUAAAUUGUUUGUAAAUAGUGUUGAUUUUGUACGGUACAAGUGUGUGUGACUUGUUUUGUACACAUGAUAAAAAGAUGAAAUGACACUUUUAUAAGAGCCUGCCAUUGGCUCACCGUCACACUAUACAGUGCAAUAAAGUGCUUUGAUUGGCUA